AGAGGAGAUUAAAAAAUUUUGCCCUUUAGGUGCUCGUGAUGGUCCUGUGGGUUCGUUCAGUUGCCGGAAAAGAAUGGUAACAUGAACGGCGGAGCGUGAGAGCGUCACCGGGGAAAGGGACGAGAUUGAUGGGCAGAGCGCUCACUUCUCAGAGGAUCGCAUUCCGAGGACCGCGCGAGGAAGGGACGUCGCGGCGCCACCACUUCCUGGCUGGACUCCGCUGACAUCUGUAGCCUCCUUUCCACCAGGUUCCCGGGGCUCCCAGCCGCUCCCUGCAGAGGAGAGUGUAGACAGCGCGCGAGGGUCCAGGAGUUCUUGGACCUCCAUCCGAACCGGAGUUCUGCCCAGAUCCCGAGUCCCUGGAUCCCGGUGGAGCCCGCCGGCAAGCUGGCUCCGGAGGGAGUUGAACUUGAGUUCAGAUGGCCAACUCCCUCUGAAUCCUGCAGAUUGGUGCUGAGCACGCAACAAAAGUUUGUAGCUUCUCAGUUUCUGGUGCUUCGCAGGGGAGAGGAAAGGAAUUUGACAUUAAACACAAGAAGCAGUCAGGGAGCCAUCUCCUUUAACUUUUCUUCUCUGUUACCAUUUGCAAUGAAGAGGAAACAGAAGAGAUUUCUGCAGAUGACUUUGUUGUUCACGGUGGCUUUAAUUUUCCUGCCUAACAUUGGUCUCUGGUCUCUGUACAAGGAUAAGCACCUGGUGAAGUCAGCGGAGCCCGGGGAGCAGCAGACAUUUCCACUGGGCCUGGGAGAUGGGCAAUUCUAUUCAUGGACAGAUGGUUUGAGAAGAAAGGACUGGCAUGACUAUGAAAGCAUUCAGAAAGAGGCUAUGCGCUCAGGGAAAGGUGAACAUGGGAAACCUUACCCCCUUACUGAAGAGGACCAUGAUGACUCAGCUUACAGGGAAAAUGGUUUUAAUAUUUUCGUCAGCAACAAUAUUGCUCUAGAGAGGUCUCUGCCAGAUAUUCGUCAUGCUAACUGUAAGCACAAGAUGUAUCUGGAAAGGCUGCCAAACACCAGCAUCAUUAUCCCAUUUCAUAACGAAGGUUGGACUUCACUCCUGCGGACCAUACACAGUAUAAUUAACCGAACCCCAGAAAGUCUGAUAGCAGAAAUCAUUCUAGUAGAUGACUUCAGUGAGAGAGACAGCUGUUUUGAAUAGAAUGUCACCAGUGUGAAACCAUUUUAUGGAUGUUGGGCUUCAGAUCUUGGGAUCACAACAAUAACAGAAACCAUCAUUUCACUAUGUGUAUACCCAAGUAUUGAAAUAGAGGAUUCAUGAGAAUCAUAAUGACUCGAGCACACCAAUUCCAGUCUCCAUAAUGGCCUUCCAGGACUGCAGGGGGCCAAUCAACGCCUUCCUCCUGGAGAAAACAGUGAUUCUAAAGUUUGGAAAGGCUCUCAAAACUAGUAAAAUAGGUCAUAAAACAGAGUUAAAUAUGUUUUAUAUAGCUUCACAGACUGAUGUGCAGUAGAAUUUAUUGAGGUACUUAAAUGGAUUUUGGGCUGGCCCCUUGUGGGACAUCUGAUUCUGUCUUUAUCAUGGAAAAAGAGUUAGGCAGCCUAGCAAGGCUGCUUUGCUUUACCCAAACCAAGGCACAUUUGAGAUUUCACAGGGCCAUGCUGGUGCGAACGUCUCCAGAAGAUAAGGGUCAUUCUAGAACACAGAGAGGCUGGAUUAAGGGUAGAGGAGGCAUGGGAAGUUACUGGGCAAAUGUCCAGCAUUGGAUUAGAGACUAAUUAAAUACACAUCCUUUAUUUUCUCAUCUUUUUUCUGCCUGGCCUCUCAAAACGUAGAUCAGGAAGACUAUAUGGAGAAUACACACACAAACACACACACACACACACACACGGAAUUCAUAUAUAUAUAUGCUACUUUGUAAACUUGUGGCUAUCUCACAACACAAAAAAACCUUACCGCAAUAUUGUAGCUCUGUAAAGAACUGCUUAAUGCUAGCAACUGAGAGGCUAGUGGAGCAAUGAUGAAAGAAAAUUUAAUUUUAUAUCCUGAAUAAACUCUAGCUCUAUCACUUGACAGCUUUGACUUUGACAUAUUAUACUUCUGCAAAAUUAUUAAGUCCAUAUCCAACUUAGUGGAGACACAUUUUGAGUUUGAAAUAAAAUUUAAGCAAUUCUUUUUUUGAUUGGGUACAUGUUUUCCUCUGGUUUUGCCAAGUUGAAACUCUGCUUCUUAGAAAAUAAAUGAAAGUCUCUAUG